GUUUUUUUUUUUUUUAGUGUAAGAGAAUAAUAAUGAAAAUUAAAAGAGAAAUAAAUGGGCUACAAAAUUUGUUGGUUGGUUAGCAAAAAAGAAAUGGGGUACACGUAAGCGGCAAAAAUAAAAGACGGGUGACAGAGUUAUAAGUUAAGUGAAUGAAUGGAAGAGGAAUUAUUCAAAGGUUGAACAAUCUGCCGGCAAUUCGGAAGCAUUUUACAAAAUUAUAAUUACACAAACAAACAAGAUCCUUAUUUUAUAACUUAUAAGAUUAUUAUUGGCUUUGCAAUUCAAUUUUUGUUUCAAUCCCUUUUCAUUAAUUAACAUGGACGAUGGAGACGUAUCCAAGCAGAUUCAGCAAAUGGUCGAAUUCAUUCGCCAAGAGGCCCUCGAAAAAUCCAACGAAAUCUCUGUCUCUGCUGAGGAGGAAUUCAACAUUGAGAAAUUACAAUUAGUUGAAGCUGAGAAGAAAAAGAUUAGACAAGAUUAUGAACGCAAGAAUAAACAAGUCGAGGUUCGCAAAAAGAUCGAGUAUUCGAUGCAGCUGAAUGCCUCGCGGAUUAAGUACUUACAAGCUCAAGAUGAGAUUGUGAAUGACAUGAAGGAAGCAGCUUCUAAGGAGCUUCUUCGUGUUUCUGACAACCCCAAUGCUUACUCCUACAAGAAACUUCUCCAAGCCUUUUCUGAUGACAAGAAUCCCUACAACUACAACAAGCUUCUCCAAGCCUUGAUUGUUCAGGGGUUACUACGCUUAAAGGAACCUUCUGUACUGUUACGCUGCAGGGAGAUGGAUAAGAAAGCGGUUGAGUAUGUUCUUGAGGAUUCUAAGAGGGAAUAUGCUGAAAAAGCUAAAGUACAGGCACCCACAAUUACCAUUGAUGAUAUCUCACCUCCCUCUGCCUCACAAGAACAUGGUCCCUCAUGCUCGGGAGGAGUAGUGUUGGCUUCAAAUGAUGGAAAGAUAGUGUGUGAAAAUACUUUGGAUGCACGUCUGAAUGUGGCCUUUCAGCAGAAGUUACCUCAGAUACGCAAGCACAUUUUCGGAUAGAGUUUGUAUUGGGGUCCAUUCAAUGGACACAUACAGAGUCCUUGAUGCUUGCAUAUGAGUUGCAUUAUCUCUGAUUUGGCUUUGCUAAUAAGAAGCAAAAUAAUGUAUUUAUCAUUCAUCAAGCCUAGAAUAAAAAGACAUUCUGCUAACUGUUUGAAAACCUCUUUUUCAUUUGGGAGAGUUUGCACAAGAGCUUAAUGUUAUAUUGGAGGAUGUAAUAAUUCCCAUUU